AUGUCUGAUUUCGGUUCUCUCUACCAACGAAGCCUUUAUCUUUCUCCAGAUCAACAGGACCUUCUUCUUGCGGCACUUUCAUCCACAAGGAAGACAAUAAAAGUCCCCAAAGAAGCGUCUCGUCACAACUCUCAAUCUGCCACCAAGAUGCUGGACUCUCACCCCGACUCUUUUUCUCAGCAAGUUACUGCCACUACCUCUGCCCAAGACUUGUUUGAAUCGCCAACAGAGGAACCUCUUGAUUCCGGGCAAUUGGGCUUUGACGGGAGCCCUUUCCUGGAUUUCGAUUUCGAUGUAGAUUUCGACUCUAGUGGCGUCGGAGAUCUAAUUGGAGAUCUUCAAGGAACCUCUCCAGGUGACGACGCUGAACCCAGAGAGAAGAGAAAAAGCAUCGACGGAAACGACGAUGAGGAGGAAAACGGCAAGAAACGAAGAGAGACCGAUGACAAGACGGCUAAGAAGCCUGGACGAAAGCCGUUGACAUCGGAACCUACGACGAAACGUAAGGCGCAAAAUCGGGCUGCCCAAAGAGCCUUUCGGGAACGCAAGGAGAAGCACCUAAAGGAUCUGGAAAAUAAAGUCGACGAACUCGAGAAGGUAUCCCAGUCGACAAAUAUCGAAAAUAAGCUUCUGCGCGCUCAGGUCGAAAAGCUCCAGAUAGAACUGAAGGGAUAUCGCAAACGUCUGUCCUGGGUGAGCAGUGGAAAUGGUGUAUCGCCAACAUCAGGCUUUACCAUGCGCGGCGCAGGAUCCAAACAUAAUUCCCGCGACAACGGCAACAAUUUCUCCUUCGAGUUCCCAAAAUUCAGUGAUCUCCCCGGCGCUCGCUCAUAUAAUUCCCCCUCACAGCCAAUCUCUAACCAUUCUAAGGCUGCCAAGUUACCCCCUUGCGCUGGAUUUAACUACAGAGCACCCAAUAUCAACCACGGAAAUUCGUUCAAAGGCACAACUGCCGUCUCACAACGAAGGCAAUUUAUCCUUGGCAGCCCCUCACAAUCUUCACCGGUGCUAAACAGUAUGCCUCCAAAUGAUAACCAAAAAUCCAAUGGUAGAAACCACCACCGCCCUAGCAUAGAUAGUUUCAGAUACUAUGACAAUUUAUCAGGUCGCUCACCAAUACAGAACCCAGGCAUACCUUAUUCCGGCUCCGGAUCUGGUCAAAACUCAAUCUAUUCAAAUUAUCAGUCGCAACACCACUAUGGAAGUUCCAACGUUUCCAAUUCCGCCUCACCAGCUGCCUCUUCAGAAUCACAACCCUGCCACGUUUCUUCGAUGGGCACAUCACCAGAACCGAGUCUGCACUCACCUCCAAGUGGCAAAUUGAGUGAAUCCGGACUAACAAACACGAUCGCUAAUGAACUACACUCUGCACGCAGCACGGGAGAAGGUGAGAAAUCCUUCUACGAAAAACUAGGCUGGGCUUGUGGUUGCGCGGAGAACCCACUUCCGGCUUCCAUGACUGAUUCUAAUCCUCCUUACAAUUUUCCAGAUCACAAUAAAAACAACAGCAAUAACAACAGCAACGGCAAUAACAGCAACAAUUAUAGCGAUACCACCAUCAAUGCUUCAGACACCCUGCUAGGAUUUGACUGGCUCGUGCAGCAAAACGGCGGACAAUUCGACCCUGUGUUGUUCGGUGACUAUCGCGAUCCACAGGAUGCCGUGCUCUCGCAAGACUUCGGGACCUUUUUCAACGAGGCCUUGCCGCUUCCUGACCUGGGAAGUCCGCUGCUUGCAUUUAGUGAGCUGAGUAACAACCAUGCCAACAACAAUUACGUCAACAACGCGCCGCCAAAGCCCGAUAUCCUCAAGCAAAUUGACAGCGCUCUCGAAGCUGAUGAUGACGAGGAGGUAGUUCCUGGCGAGGACCGCUCGCAGAUGCUCUCGUGUACGAAGAUAUGGGACCGACUACAAUCCAUGGAGAAAUUCCGCAACGGUGAAAUCGACGUGGAUAGCCUGUGUAGCGAGCUGCGGACGAAAGCUCGCUGCUCUGAAGGUGGCGUUGUGGUUAAGCAGGUUGAUGUGGAGGCGAUUAUGUCGCGGGCGGAGUAG